AUGUCGAAGCGAGGACGUGGCAGGUCCUCCGGCGCCAAGUUCUGCAUUUCCCUGGGUCUCCCCGUGGGUGCCGUCAUCAACUGUGCGGACAACACAGGAGCCAAAAGCCUAUACAUCAUCUCCAUGAAGGGGAUCAAGGGAUGGCUGAACAGGCUCCCUGCUGCCGGCGUCGGGGACAUGGUGACGGCCACAGUCAAGAAGGGCAAGCCAGAGCUGCGAAAGAAGGCUUGGAAGGGAAGGGCCAUGCAGAAUGAAAGCUGUCGGAAAGGUGCUAAUCCACCAAUGGUGCUGAAGUCUAAUGGGGAAAUGAUGGUAGUAGAAGCUGGCAAAGGACACUUUUUAGUCUUCAACUUCACCGUGCAUGGUCGUGAAUAA